AUGAAAAUUUUAUUGACUUUUUUGGUUUUAAUUGCUUGUAAAGCUUCACUGUCACUUCCAACAGCCACAGAAGCGAAAGGAAUACUUGAUGGGAUAGUUCCAGGUGGAAGUACAACAACAACAGCUGCACCAGGAUUAAUUCCAGGCCUUGGACUUCCAGCACCUGUUAAUAAUCUUGCAAAUAGUGGACCAAUGCUGAUUCUUGGGGGAUUUCAAGCAAUUGUAACUAAAUUUGAUCCAAGCUUAAUACAAGGAUUACCGGGAUUAGCCGGCUUGCCACAAUUGCCAGCCGGUAAAUAA